ACCAACACACAAACAUGCUUACCCUAUGCUUACAAAAAUAUCUGUCUUUGCUUUUUAUCGUAACCUAAUUUUAUAAAUCACACAAUGGCUGCCUUAUUGUGUUUUUAACGCAGAAAGUAUUAAGGUGCUAAUAUUGGAGAGUCCAGAUUAUAAAAUUGAUGCCAAAGGAUAAAAUUCCUCAGUCGUCAACGGAUGGCUACUCCCGAAAUACAAACGCCAGAUGAUAUAUUGCCUCUGGACUGCAAAGAAAUUCCGAAAUUUGUACAACAAAUUGCUCUGAAGGAAUUAGGAGAAACAGAAAGCAAACGGGAAAAGUGCCUGAAGGAACUGAGAACUAAGAUAUCUAAUGAGAGAAAUUUGAGGUGUGAUGCAUCCGACAACUUUCUUCUCCGUUUCGUGAGAGCUCGGAAGUUCGACACUGAGGCUGCUUUCACGCUGCUCAAGUCUCACUAUAAACACAGGCUUAAAAACCCGUCCGUCUAUCAGCAAUGGACGCCGAAACAAAAUAUGGAAAUGAUGAAGGCGGAUGCUAUCGGAUUCUUGGAGAAAAGAAAUACGGACGGAUCAGCAAUUUAUUUCGCGAAGGUUGGUCUGUGGAAUCCAGCCGAACUCAGCUUCGAACAGAUCCUCCGAUUCGGUCUCAUCUGCAACGAGAAAGCAGUGGACAGUGAGGUGACUCAAAUAUGUGGAAUAACCAGUAUAGCAGAUAUGAAAGAUUUCUCCUGGUCUCAUCUCAUGUACUUGCCACUCACUAAACUGACGUGUUUUGUGUCGGCUGUGCAGGACUGUCUUCCAGUGAGGCAUAAAGCUAUCCACAUCGUCAACAAUCCUAGCAUAUUUGCUUUCGUAUUCGCUUUGAUAAAGCCACUUAUUAAUAAAAAGCUGAGGGACAGGAUCCACUUCCAUGGUGAUAAUAUGAGCAGUCUACAUGAGCAUGUGUCUCCGUACGUCCUCCCACGUGAAUAUGGAGGGACGCUAGGAACUCUACAAACCGAACCUUUUUACUCGUCCCUACUAGAUAGCGAAGAAGAAUUUUUGCGACGCAGUAAAUACGGUUAUGAAAUGCAGACAGAUUAACGACGUGCAUUUCAUAACUUAAAACGAACGUUUAAUCGCCAGCAGAAAUAGAAUUGUCACAAGUGUGAUAAAUCUAUCACUCCUUGUUGUCAAGAUUUUAGCUUGCGGAUUCUGAAAUGUAAAAAUGUACAGAUAUAUUUCUAAAUAGAUUUAUUUAAAGAUAAGAAAGUUAUUGUAAAAAACAACUGAUUUAUAUUUAUUUUCAUUAAAGAAAUUUUAUAUUUUU